AUGGAUGAAAAUCACACGAAUAACAAAAUAAAAGUUUUAAAUUUUUUUCAGAAUGAAGAAAUACAGGAAAAUAAAGAGAAAACACACUAUUCUAGCAAAUUCGAAUUCGAAAAGGGAAUAAUCCGCAACGCUAUCGUGUCAGGAAAUUCGAGCAAGAGUACCAAACUGGAAGAAAAGGACAGAGAGAAAAAAAAUUGCAUAAUAUUUCGAGAACAAUGCGAAUACUGUUUAACUAAUUUUUCUAUAAGUGGACACCUUAUUUUAACAAAAGAAUCGUUACUGUUUGAACCUGAUUUAAGAGACAAAAAUGUGAUAACACACGGAUUUGGUACAUAUCAAAUAUUUAUUGAUUUGUAUGAUAUAUAUGAAUGUGCACAUAUUGUAAUGCCAACGAAAGAUACUUACCUUUGUAAUAAUGAAGAUACGUGUGGAUUUAUUCAAGUCUUGUUAAAAAGUAUAUACAGUAGAGUAUGUGAUGAUUCUUCGCAUAAAAAAAAUAGUAUGGGUAAUUGCUACAGUCAUGUGAAUAAUAAUACAGUUAAUGAUGAUAUGAAUAAACAGAAAAGUGUUUCAUAUUACAAAUAUAUUAGUAGAAGUUUAUCGUAUGUAUUCAAUUUAGCACAGCCAUUAGUUCAGAACGCAUCUCCUUUUAAGGAAGAAAAAAAUGAUCGCAUCUUUGGCACAGCCAAUUAUUCUUCACAUAUUUUAAAGAAUGUUACAAGUAAUGACAAUUUAAACGAGGAAGAAAACGAGAAUGAAAAUGAAAGUAAAAACAGAGGUGAAAAUAGAAAUGGUGAGUUCAAAAAAAAUAGCCUUAUAAAUUUUGACAUUACUUCACCAAAGAACAACAUUGUAGAACAUUUACAAGACAGAGAUUUAAAAAUAUAUCAAAAGAUUAACGAAACAGAUUAUAGUAAGGUAAUUACAUCUCAUCCAAAUAUAACCUAUAAGAAUAGUCUGAAUUUAGCGAAUUCACAUUAUUCAUUCAAGGAUGAGGUAAAGCAUGCUAUAAAGAAUAAUGGGAGUACUUCCAUUCCUUAUGAAAAGACAAAGAGCGAAUCAUUGAAAUCAUCGAACAUAGUCACAUCACAUGAGGGGUAUAGUUCCUCACAAAAUGUAAUUUGUAAUUAUAAAAGUGAACAAAUUUCGAACGUAUGUAAUGAAAAGAACCAUGUGUCCAAAUGUCCUCCAAGAAUUAACAAUCACCAGUUUGCUAAUGAAAUCACAAAUCAGAAAAGAAUUUCCGAUAUUAUGUCAACACAAAUGGGUGCAUCAGAUGAUUACUUCACACGUAAAACCAUCUUAAAUGAUGUAGAAUCUUUGAAAAGAGAAGAUUCCAUAAUUUAUGAAAGAGAAACAACACGUUCCUGCUCCAAGUCUUUGAAAAAUAUCUCCUUCGAGAUUCAUCACACGCAAUUGGACUCUUCAUCCAACGUGAAUAAUUAUUUGAAGGAUUGCGUAAGCAUUGAUGCAAGCCAGGGAAAUUAUGGGAACCAGGGAAACGAUGCAAACAGGAGUACGACAGAAUUUGGACAGAACAGCGAACCAAAUAAAAAGGCUCACAAAAAGUAUGAAGAGAAAAGUUUCAUACUCUUCAGAUUCUUUAACAACAAUAAGGCAUAUGAAACUACGACGAAGAUAAUUAAAGAAAUUGAUGAAGUUAGAAAAUCAGAAAAUAAAAUAAAAAAAACCAUCACCGCAGUUCCAUUUACAUCCAAUGAAUUGUUAAGGUGUAUUAUUGAACAGUCAUUAAUAGCCAAAGAAUCUAAAAAUAAAAUCUUCGGAACGGCAAAUUCAAUGAAUGAUAUUAAGGAUUUAAAAUAUUUAGCAUCAAUCCCCAAAUUGGAGUAUAUUAAUGGCUCUGUGAGAUUGUUAAACAAAGAAAUCACAAAGCAGAUAAAUUAUUACUUGCCACCAACCUUGAGUAUCAAAAUAUGGAAAAUGGCUUUUUGCUCAAGUAUACAUGGUGUUUCAUUUAAAACAUUAUACAGAAGUGUGUCUAAUAAAGGAAGUGUCAUUUUAUUAAUUUACGACAUGCAUAACGUCCUCUUUGGUUGCUUUCUCGAUAAAUUAUGUUGCGAUAAUUCUUAUUACGGUUCUGGGGAAAAUUUUCUUUUUACUUUUAAAGAUCCAGAGAAGAAAUUGAACGAAAAUCAGAUCAAAAAAAAAGAAGACAAUGGCGAUGGCAUCGUCGACAAAAAUUAUGGCAAGCAGCACAUCGGCAGUAGUGUUAACAAUGGAAGUACAGGUAACAUUUAUAAAAGUCAUAACAGUGAUAGCAGUUCUAAGAAUUAUAACACGGGUAGCAGUUCUAUGAAUUAUAACACGGGUAGCAGCAAUGGCCAGCAUGGAAAUGGGCGCAGUGUGGACUCGAAAAAAAACAUAGAUAACUUUGGUGAUUCAGAGGAGAUCAAUGAUAAUGUAAGAAGAACAAAUACUAACCAAGAUAUGAAGGACAUAAAAAUGACAAAUAAUUGGAAAAUCUCCAAUUCGCAGGAAAAAUUAGCAGUCGAUUUUGAGCCCAACAUGAACGGAUCUUUUGACAGUUUUUCCAAACAGGAAAAAAGUCCCGAUUCUCCAAUAACCAUCUCUGAUUACGUGAAUAACCUGAAAAUGAAUAUACAUCAUGUGAACUGUGAAAAAGAUAGUGAUGAAGAGAACUAUAAGAAGAAAUAUAAAGACAAAGAGAGUAUUGUCAAACCUGAUGACUACAGUGACAAGGACAACAAUGAAAAUUGUGGUGGAUCUUCUAACGAUAUGCAUUACAAAAUGAAAACGUUUAACGGAGAAAAAUUUAACCAUUUGAUGAAUCCCCAGAAUAAAAGUUUCUAUAAGAGUGAUAAACCAAAUACAGGAAUUAUGAGUAAAAAUGAAGAAGAAGAAGAAGAAGAAGAAAAAAAAAAAAAAAAAAAAAUCAAAAUAAUAAUGAUAAUAUGA